UCCCACUCUUCCCCUCAAGAGAGAGAGAGUGAGAGGGGAAAAAGAGAAGUCGAUGGCUUCGUUGAUAAAUAUCGGACUUCGAUCUCCUUCCUACCUCGUUUACCCUCUCCCACAAUUCUAGAGUUUAGGUUUUGGGUUUGAGAGGAAUCCCUGAGAGUCUCCAGAUCGAAUCCUUUUCGGAGAGACGAGGAAGAAGAAGAGAAGCAGCUCAAACGGAGUAGAAGAAGGGUUAGGGUUCUUCGUAUCAGCUCGAAAGCUGUCGAAAGAUCUCAUUUUUAGGGUCUUCUUUUUGGUUCCGAGAUCUCGGAGGGAAAUGGGGGAGGAGAAGAGAUCGUUGCGGGAUUUUCCGUGCGACUACUGUGGAGAGGCGGCGGCGGUGCUCUAUUGCCGCGCCGACGCUGCCCGGCUCUGCCUGCCCUGCGACCGCCACGUCCACGCCGCCAACGCGCUGGCCCACAAGCACGUCCGCUCCCUCGCCUGCGACAACUGCGGCGCCCAUCCCGCCGCCGCCCGCUGCGCCGCCGACGGCCUCGCCCUCUGCCCCGACUGCGACGCCCACGGAGGCGGUGGCGCCCACCCCAGGACCCCCCUCGAGGACUUCUCCGGCUGCCCCUCCGCCCUCGACCUCGCUGCAUCGUGGGGCAUCGAUCUGGCCGCCAAGGAGGCCGCCUGCCCUCCCCGCUCCGCCCCCGACCAGCUGCUCUCCAACUGGUCCUCGAUAGAUUCAAUUCUGGCCGGAGAUCCGGUGUCCCGGGAUCUGUGCGUGCCCUGCGCCCCGGAUAUCCCCUCCAGGGUCAAGCUCCAGAAGAGCCCUGUCGGAAAGCAGGCGCUUUUCCAGCAGCUGACGGAACUGGCCAAGAGCGACUCGGUGGCGGCCUCGAUGCCGUCGAAACUGAGCCCGAGGACGCCGUGCCGGACGACGGCCGGAGGGAGCAAAGACUUCCGGGGCUCGUCUCAGCCCAUGCCGUACACAUCCUUGUUCAUGCUGCCCCCCUCGGAGUGCACGGAGCUGAAUAGGCUUGUGGAGGAUGAGGAUCUGCUGUGGGAUUGCGGUCUGACAAAUCACUCACCUCAGAUUUGGGAUUUUAACAUAGGAAAAUCAAGGGAUGAUGAUCAGUCUUCUGCACUUGAAAUUGGAUAUUAUGCAAACAGUGGAGGUUUUAUGAUAAAAAAUUACAAUGAUCUUCUCAAGGAAAAUUCCUUUGCAACUACAAAACUCUUAGAAGACAUGUAUGAUACAAAUUACCCAUCAGCAAAUGAGGAUAUCUUGUCUUCUAAUAUCUGCCAUGUACCAUCUCAAAAU